AUGGAGGGGGUAGCAGUGGUGGAGGAGGGGGAUCAGGAGGUGUUAAAAUUAUUGGUGGGGGAUCUGGUGGUGGUGGAGGAGGAGGAGGUGGUGGUGGCAGCUCUGGUGGAGUUAAGAUUAUCGGUGGGGGAUCUGAGCUCUGGCAGCAGCAUUGGAGGAGGUUCUGGUGGUGGUGGUAGCUCAGGUGGCCAGACCAUCAUAGUGCCAUGUGGUGGAAGUAGUGGCGGUGGUGGUGGCCAGAGCUCUGGCGGCUACAUUGGAGGAGGCUCUGGUGGUGGUGGCUCAGGUGGCCAGAGCUCUGGUGGCUACAUUGGAGGAGGUUCUGGUGGCGGCUCAGGUGGCCAGACCAUCAUAGUCCCAUGUGGUGGAAGUAGUGGCGGUGGUGGCCAGAGCUCUGGCAGCUGCAUUGGAGGAGGCUCUGGUGGUGGUGGCUCAGGUGGCCAGAGCUCUGGUGGCUACAUUGGAGGAGGUUCUGGUGGCGGCUCAGGUGGCCAGACCAUCAUAGUCCCAUGUGGUGGAAGUAGUGGCAGUGGUGGCCAGAGCUCUGGUGGCUACAUUGGAGGAGGCUCUGGUGGUGGUGGCUCAGGUGGCCAGAGCUCUGGUGGCUACAUUGGAGGAGGUUCUGGUGGCGGCUCAGGUGGCCAGACCAUCAUAGUCCCAUGUGGUGGAAGUAGUGGCGGUGGUGGCCAGAGCUCUGGUGGCUACAUUGGAGGAGGCUCUGGUGGUGGUGGCUCAGGUGGCCAGAGCUCUGGUGGCUACAUUGGAGGAGGUUCUGGUGGCGGCUCAGGUGGCCAGACCAUCAUAGUCCCAUGUGGUGGAAGUAGUGGCGGUGGUGGCCAGAGCUCUGGUGGCUGCAUUGGAGGAGGCUCUGGUGGUGGUGGUGGUUCAGGUGGCCAGACCGUCAUAGUCCCAUGUGGUGGAAGUAGUGGCGGUGGCGGUGGCCAGAGCUCUGGCGGCUGCAUUGGAGGAGGCUCUGGUGGCGGUGGUGGUUCAGGUGGUCAGACCAUUAUCGUAUCAGGAGGCAGUGGUGGAGGAGGUGGCCAAGAUUCUGGGUGCUGCAUUGGAGGAGGGUCCAGUGGGGGCUCUAUGCAGACAAAGCAACCCGUUUGCCUCCCACCUGGCCUAGCCCAAACCAAGCAAUCUAGCCAAUGGCCACCCAGCCACAAGUAA